AUGCAAGGCUUGGAUAGUGGUAUCCACACUGCCGAAACUGCAGGACUUGGUCGUGGUUCUGGGAUCCUCAAGGAUGGUGACACAUUAAAUUUGGGGAGACAACGCCCUAUCACCUCGGCUGUCCCGCAUCCAUUCGAUGCCCCAAAAGAUGGUCUUAUCCCACCUAAGCCUACAGAGCCCCGUAAGGAGAAUGGUAGGUAUCAAGAGUUAAUGUUUGAAGUUUAUGAAUUCAAUCUGAUUAAUGAAUUGCUUUCACUCGUUGUUUACAACUACCCACAACCAGUAGUGCCAACCCCACCUGUCAAGAAUGCACACAGCGGCGAAGGGGAGGGUGGUGGUCCAAAUCAGGAAAUACACUUGGAAAACGGUGGCAACAAUGGAAUUGCCGAGAAUCCAGAUACUAGCUUCAGUCUUGUUUACAAUAAAGAUGGAAGCAGAAAAGUGAUCACGGAUGGGAGAGAAGUUGAAGUCCCUGCAGAAACAAUAGAUCCACGAAAACAGCCCAGAGAUAACCAACAGCCUAUAUCCACCGAACAAACUCAAUCAGGGGGGGGUAAAAAUGACCCGCCCAGAAAUAACCAACAGCGUGAAGCCACUGAACAAACUCAAUCAGGGGGUAAAAAUGACCCGCCCAGAAAUAACCAACAGCGUGAAGCCACUGAACAAACUCAAUCAGGGGGUAAAAAUGACCCGCCCAUAAAAAAUCAACACCAACUGAAUGAUAAUCAGCAGCCUAUAACUGAACCAGUGAAAGACCCCAAUAACCCUGAAAAUCAUAAAGGCUCAGGAAGUGGAAACCCCGAGACUCAAACUCCAGAAACUUCAGAACAUGAUUUAAAUCAACAAGAUAAUGAUAAGAAUCAGAAUCAAGUGGAUGGUUCUCGCACUAAUGGACAUCAAAGUGAAAAUACCAAUGAAACUCGGGAUCAAGAUGGGUUGCAACAUGAAGAAGAGCGUGUGCCUCACGAAAAUGCUGCUCAUCCCCCAACUCAAUCUAAACCAAAGGGAAUUGGAGCCGCAGUAGUGUCCGGGGUAACAUAUGGGUGGAGAAAAACAUCAUCAGGAGCGAGUUAUUUGGCGAGUCAUCCAGUAGGGUGGGCUAAAUCAUUUGCAGGGUUGUUCAAGAGUGGAGGAAAAGAGGGGGAAGUAAUAAAAGGGGUUACUUUAGAUUCACAUGUUCGAACUCCAACUGCAAAAACUCCCCAUCAACGGGUUGAAGAACCAGUUUCACCAAACGGAAGACAUGGUGAACAAAAUCCAGAAACCAAUAACCAAGAACAUAGAGAUUCUGAAAGGGACACUCACGACCCACCACCACCCCACCAAGAUGGUCAAGUAGAUGAUGAACACAUCUUACAGACCAGCAAUGAUAAUACUAGGAAUCCUGAAAAUCCAGCAGGUGGGGGUGAGAACAAUGAAAAUUAUGCUGCAAAUCCCUAUCAAUAUACUACUACCGAAAUUAGACACAAUGGCAAUGGAAGACCCAAUGCAAGUGGCAAUCAACGUUCUGCCUCUGAUAACAGAACACCCCCUGAAUCUCGGGGUCAUCAAAACCCCAGCAAGCCUCAAGACACCAAAAAUCCUAAAGACCCCAACAAUCCUAAAGACCCCAACAAUCCUCAAGACCCCAAAAAUCCUAACACCAACAAGCCCCAAGACCGCAGCAAUCCCAAUAGCCCAAAUACUACUCCCACUCAACAAGUACCCAAGACCAAGGCAAGUUUCAUACAAAGGAUCAAGUCUAAAAUUAGUGGAUGGUUGGACAAUAUGAAGAAAUUCUUCAAUAAAAUAUUCAAGAGGAAAUCAACUGCCCAGGCACCACCAAAGGCUGCCUAG